AUGGAGGACACCGAGGAUGAAUUCCAGCAGGCCCCCUUCCUGCAUCGCGCAGGCAGCGGCGCGAAUAGAACGGACCCGGACCCUGCUGGCUACUACGCCAUCCUCGGGGUGCCGCAGGAUGCCUCGCACGAUGCCAUUAGGCGAUCCUUCCUGUAUUUGAGUCAGGUGUACCACACCGACAAACACGGCGGGGAUACACGGGAGAUUCAGCAGCUGAUGAAUGAGCGCUUUCAGCAGCUGCAGGAAGCCUACGUGGUGCUCUCCGACGAGAGGCAGCGGGCAGCGUACGACAUGGCUGGAUUAAAAGGCAUGAACUUGUUCUCACUCAUUCCAGGAAACAUCACUCUCCCCGAGGAAGUUGCACGUUACGUGGCGUUAUUGGAGAAGGAGCAGGAGGUGCUGCAGCUGGAAACCAUGCUCGCGUCCACCUCGUCGCUUCACCUCUCCUACUCUCUCGCACACCUCUUUCUUCCCGCCGAUGCAAAUACCGCAGCUUCACCGCCUGCGACGGAGGAGGUGGAAGGUGACGGGGGUUCUGCCCCAGCGCAGGCGACGGCGGCCGAAUCCGCAGCCACAAGCGAGGAGGUGGGUGACGCGGCAAAGGGUGCGGGGCCGCCGAGUGCGCCAAGUGGGACGGACGCCGCCGAUAAGACUUCUCCAGCGCCUCUGCAAAGCGCACAAAUGCAGGCAAAACUGAUUCUCUUGGACGGUGAGGAACGACUCGUCUUGAUUCCUUCGCCCGAGGUGGAGGGGAUGCUGCGGCAAAAGGUUGCAGAGUCGCGUCGUGGUGCCUCGCAGGCGCCGGCCUUUCCCGCACGACGUCGUUCGCAGCUCACGCCCAUGCAGAAACUUUCCAUGGCCGUCAUGCCGCGUGAAAUUUUUUUCGAGAACUCGUUUACGCACCAGCUGACCCCGCAACUUGCCAUGGUGUUUGAGACAACUGCAAGCCAUCAGGGCCCCAAAGCGACGGUGGGCUGUAGAGGACACCUGAAGUAUGCACCGGAUGCCAUUCGCCGAUACAAUGCUUCGUGCAGCACCUCCCUGCAGGGCUUGCAGGUGGCGUUUACCCGCUUUCGUGAAUUGAGCGCCGUGUGGACGCUCAAAACAAAGUUGCUCCUUUUAGAUGGUAGGAGUUUACUGCACCGGUUUGAGGUCUCCCUCACACGAAAAUUAUCCCCGGCGUGGUCAUUGAAGAACACUUUGGAGAUGUUUCUCACAGAAAACGGUGUUUUUAAAGCCAGCCUCGUUGGCGUGAAGGACGGGCUGAUGAAGGGUUUCUCCGCGCACAUGGGUUAUAGGCAGCUGGGGCUUUUUUUCCACAACGGGUCGCCGCUCAUCGUUAACGAGGAAGAGGAGGAGGAAGGAGGAAGCAAGGGGAUCGCCUUCGUGACGCAGCUCGUGUCCUUGUUUCCCCUUGCCGGGGUCGGUCGCGUUGGCUUUCAGGCGUGGUACAACACUAGCGAGUGGCAGUCCAUUGGCGUAGGGUUUUCCACCGAUUUGCCCUUGUCCAUGCUCCCCAUCAGCUACCCGCGGGGCAGCGACGGGCGGAAGGCGGUCAACACCCUCACCUUCCUCUACAAGCGGAAAAGCCACAGCAUUGAAAUUCCUGUUGCGGCGUUUAUUUCCUCUCAGCUUCAGCAGGUGCUUCUCUGGCUGGCGGCGCCGUGGGUGUGUUAUCGUACGGCACGACUCGUCUGGGGACCGUUCCAGCGCUCGCGAGCGGCGACGCUCUAUCGUCAGCGCCGCUUGGAGCACCAGGCGGAGAUGGACGUGGCGCGUACGCGUGCCAUGCACGAGCAGAAGGCAGUGGAGAGCAUGUCCUUGCGCAAUCGUGUGCUGGAGGAGAAGGUUAGUGGGCUCGUUAUCAUGAAUGCGAAGUACGGGGUGCUGAGUCCGCGCUACCCUGAGUCGCUCUGCGCGCGGGCGCCGGGUGCGGCGGUGGAGGCCCCACGGCGGCUGCCGUGGUGGCAGGGCUGGCGAACGCGGCCGGCGUCCUCGCCAAAGUCGCCCGCCGCAAGUGACGCGGCACUCAAUACGGAAGAGGAUGCUGUCGCGUCCUCCAUUCUGGUGCUGGACGUCACUGUGGCGCUUCAGAACUUUGUGCGGGACUCAAAGCUCCUUUUGCCGGCCGGCACGAAAAGCAAACUGGUGGGCUUCACGGACCCCGAUCCCUUCACGGAUGAGAAGAAGGAACUCAAGAUUGUUUACCGGUUCCAGCACAGGCGCCACGCCGUGACUUUCAAGGACGAUGAGCCGGUGGAGCUGCCGCGGCGAGAGCAUUUGGUGGAGUGA